AUGGGUAGAACAAAAAACCGCAAGGGAAACGUCCCAGUCAAAUCCAAACUGAAGAAGGAUCCUGGAAUCCCUAAACUGCCUGACCUUAAAGUGAAGGUCAAGAGCCAGCAGAAGAAGCCCGAUGUCCCCUUGGAACGACGUUUCGAUUCUGAUGCCCACAUGGCCUCAGAGCCAACAUUGUCGACACUUGCGCAGCUUGCAGCCGAAGCUUCAUCCAACGUUCAGGAAGAACCGUCGUCGUCUACGUCAACCAGGGAGAAAACCAAGGAACAGCUACGGCGCUACUAUGUCAAGUCUCUACAUAAAGUUAUCGAUGAAAGCGACAUCAUUCUCCUUGUCCUUGACGCGAGGGAUCCUGAAGGAUGUAGGAGUCGUUUGGUUGAAGAAGAAGUGCGGAGACGAGAGUCAGAAGGAAAGAUCACUGGCAUCCGUGUCUCCUUGCUGAAAGAGUUCGGGGGCCAUGUAGUUACAGGCUCCGGUGAAGACGGUAGUGAAUCCUCGACGUGUCUCGAAUUUGGACCGGCCAAAGUCGCAGAGCAGGCCUCCAACGGACUACGAUGUAUACAGCGAGAGAUUCUCGCGGGAGCACCAUAA